AUGGGUUGCUUUGGGUUCUUCAGCAAAAACAGAUGCGGCGAUGCUGCUUCGGUCAAGACCGACAGCACGCUGGUCGAAGCAGCCGCUUUCGACUCGGACAAGGGCCGCAAGCUUGCUCAGGCUGCUACUGCUUCUGCUGGCGCUGCUCCCUAUGCCAAGCCUGAUGUGACAGGUCCACGCUUGGCUGCACUACGAAAGCUCAUGGAUGAAGAGAACGUCGACUUCUACCUUGUGCCCACUGGCGAUGCUCAUGCCACCGAGUACACCGCUGCCUCCGACAUGAGGCGCGUGUGGAUCUCGGGCUUCACAGGCUCAGCCGGCGACGCCAUCAUCGGCAAGGACUCUGCCCACCUGUUUGCUGACGGCCGAUACCACAUCCAGGCUGCCGACCAGCUCGACGACAACUGGACGCUGCACAAGGUCGGUGUGAGCGGUGUGCUCAACUGGCCUGCUUGGCUCGUAGAACAGGCCAAGCAAGGCACCAGGGUCGGCCUUGACCCAGCCCUGACCAGCUACACGCAGGGAAAAUCGCUUGUCGAGGCUCUGGAACAGAAGCAGGCCUCUGUCGUCUUCCCUUCGCGCAACCUCGUCGAUGUUGUCUGGGGCUCCGACCGCCCCGCUCCUGUCGUCUUCCCAGUCUACGAGCACGAGCUCAAGUACGCUGGCAAGCCCGCUGCAGCCAAGAUUGCGGAUGUGAGGAAGGAUCUCGAGUCGCAGCCUUCCGGCUCUGCCUACUUCCUCUCAGCUUUGGACGAAGUUGCCUGGGUGCUCAAUCUUCGCGGUGCUUCCAUUCCAUGCCAUCCCGUCUUCCCUGCCUACCUGUUCAUCAGUGUAGACCGUGCGGUGCUCUUCAUCCGUCCCGAGCUGCUGCCCGAGGGCAGCGACGCAGAUAAGUAUAUUCGCGAUGCGCUCAAGAUCACUGUGGAGCCGUACGACGCGGUCUGGGCCUACCUUCGACGCUGGGUGUCGGAAGGGUCGGAGGUGCAAAAGCUGGUCUCUGGUGAGAAGCUGUCGUACGCAGUGGCCAAUGCAGUUGGCGACGAAAAGCUGGCGCUGCUCGACCCGUCUCCGGUUGCGCUUCGCAAGGCGGUCAAGAACGAUGUCGAGCUCGAGGGCUUCCGCACCAGCCACGUCCGUGAUGGCGCAGCCUGGGUGCGAUGGGCGGCCUGGCUCGAGGACCAUGUCAAGGUCAAGCGGUCUACUAUUGACGAGUGGCAAGCCGCUGUCAAGUUCCAGGAGUAUCGCAAGCAGGUCGCUCUGUAUGCUGGGGACAGCUACGACGCCAUCUCGGCUACGGGACCCAAUGCAGCGUUACCGCACUACGAGACCCCCGAGAAGGGCAGCCGCGUGAUCGACCGAGAGACGCCCUACCUCAACGACUCGGGCGCUCAGUACCACGACGGCACGAUCGACUGCACGCGAACGGUGCACUUUGGUCGACCGAGUGCCGAACAAAAGCGUGCCUAUACGCGCGUACUGCAAGGCCACAUCCGUCUGAGCGAGGCCAAGUUCCCCGCUGGCACCACGGGCGUUCAGCUGGAUCCCAUCGCUCGCCAUGCGCUUUGGCAGGAUGGCUACGACUACCGCCACGGUACCGGACACGGCAUCGGCUCAUUUAUGGACGUGCACGAGGGACCGCAAGGCUUCUCGACCAUGUCUGGCGGAUCCAAGAAGCCGGUGCCGCUGGAAGAGAACAUGGUGCUAACCAACGAACCCGGGUUCUACGAGGAAGGCCACUUUGGCAUCCGCACUGAAUCGCUUUUGGCGGUCAAGCGCAUCGAGACGCACCGUGACUUUGGCGGAGUGGCGUGGUACGGAUUCGAACGCAUCACGCAGGUGCCCAUCGCUACCAACUUGGUCGACUUUAGCUUGCUUUCAUAUUCGGAGGCUCGCUGGCUCAAGGAACACAAUGCCGAGGUGCGCAAGAAGCUGCUGCCGCUCCUCAAGGAUGACAAGCGGGCGGUGCGCUGGUUGCGAAGGCAGUGA